UUACAACAGUCACAAGUCGGUAGAUGAUGGCGAAUUGAAGUCCCCCGGGCGCGCGUUUGGAACUGAGGCAUCUUCGUCCCUUUAAUCACUCGUCCGUUGUUAUUCGUAUUUUUUUAUGAUUCGGUAACGGGCCUCCGUAUAGUGACGUUAAAUCAACAUUUGUUUAUCAGUUUUCUGCUGAGUUUCAUUGGAGAAUUGAACCGGCGUUGUUUACAUCACUUAGGUUAAAGGGUGGACGAUAAUUCACGUCUGGACAAGUUAGUGCUUUGUAAAAAAACCCCCCGAAAUUGGUAUUUAAUGCCAAUUACUGAUAUUUCAUGAAACACGGGGUUACUUUCCAGAACAUAUUUUUAAUCAUGGAUCGGGACAUGGCGGAAGCCGCCAUAAACAUAAUCAGAAACGACUCCGAGACACUCCAAAAGAAGCAUGUGGAGAUACUCAAAUGCCUGGGUGAGAGAGAAGCCAGUGAGCUGGAGUUCUUGAGGAGCAUAGUCGCCCAGAUACCUUCAGAAGCCUCUGGCCCACUCAUGCCAAAGACCCCCAAGGCCUCCAAGAGGCCACCACUCCAGAGAAUCCAAACUAUCCCUGAGGAUGAUGUUAUGAAUGCCUCGGAACACACUCCGAAAACGGAGAGUGAUGACGAGGAGUUGAAACCCGCCAGGUCGAGACGAGCUGCAUCACAGAAGGCCUCUGAGAGCAUCAAGAAACAACAGUCCUUGACACUCAACAUCAAGAUGAGGAGACCUUCUCAUGAACAGGACGUUAUCGUCGAAGCUAUCAAGAACCAGACCCUCCGCAGCAGUCGGUCGAAGCGCCCGAAGGCCUCAUUCUCCGGUUCGGAGGAGGAUGAUCGUCCGCCCCCGAAGGUGGCCAAGACCAGUAAACAGGAAUCAAAGCAUCGUUCCCGGAAGAUCAAAGAUGAGCCCCUUUCAGAAAAGGACUCCUCUUCCGAUAAAAAUACUCCCCCCACCCCCCAAAUCCGCGUGACCCGCACUGGCGAUCCACUUCCUCAGAUUUCAAAGAAGAGCGAAACGAUAAUCGACGAAACCCUGGAGCUUCCCGAAAACGAGACAAUAACCGAGCCCUCCCUCUACGAGGACGCAGUAGGCAAAUCAAUUCCCAUGAACUCGACGAUGAACCCCAACACAACCAUGACAAUCGACCGCAAGAUGAUGAACGCAACAGUAGUUCUAGAAAAGAUAAACGAGACAAUAACGAUAAAGAAAGCCUCGAUAAGCUCUCAAACGUCAUCUCAAAAGACCAGUUUAAAUGUCCCGAUAAUAUCCCCAGUAGUCCCAGUAUCCCAGUCAAAGAAAACUCUCCAAAACAAGUUAGCCGCGUUAAAGGAAUCCCUGGCAAACCAGGAGUUCGACGCGAUCCUGACAGACGAUGAGUCCUCCCCGGAGCGCAAGGGCCUCCCAAAGAAGUCAAAACGCCUCCCCGAGAAAUUCAAAAAGCCCCGCAGCGUCUCAUCUUCCUCAGAAGAAGACGCCCCAUCAACCCCUCAAAAGCUCCCUCGGACAGACUCCAAAUCCAAGCCCCUCCGGGAGCUGAAGUACAAGUCCAACGCGCUCUUUAGUCCCUACGCCAAGCAGUCCGUGAAGAGAAAAGUUGAGGCGUUUGAGCAAGCUGUCCAGAACUCUCCGCAGUCGGAGGUAGACCCACCAGCGAGACUCACGAGGACCAAGACAAGAGCGAUGGCCGCCGCUGCUGUGGAGGAACUCCCCCACAUCCAGACACUGGCGCAGAAGCUUGCUCGGAAGUCACUGGCCAAAGCCAAGAAGAUCUCUCUGACACGUCAGAAACGUGAGAACGAGGAGUCCAAGGAGAAUAUUAUGGCUUCUGCAACGAAGCCAAAGUACUUCCCACUGCCCAACGACAAGUUGACGAGUAAGCAGAGUCAGAGGACAACUCCUGUCUCCAAGUCUCGUUUGCAGAUGCCCAUGUCGGUGAACAAAAUUCAUCAGACACCGGCCUCUCACAUUCCUCCACCAAAAUCUGUGACAGCUUCUAAAGCUUAUGGGGUAGGCUCGACAGAGUCUCUGGUUGGAAAUAAACCAUUGACGAAAUCAGAGUCGAUGGACAGUCUAGCUGAGAAGAAGAAGUUGGCCGAGGAAGACGCGAGGAAGAAGAAGGAGGAGAACCUGAAGGCGUUGACCGAAGAGAAGAAGAGAAAGCGAGAGGAGAAGGAGCUGAAGAACAGACUGGCGAGAGAGGCCAGGGAGAAGCUGGAGCAGCAGAGGCGUCUACAGCUGGAGAAGGAGAGAGAGGACAAGGCGAGGCAGGCACUGAUGGCGCAGGAGAAGCUUAAGGAGGAGGCAGAGAGGAAGAAGUUGGCACAGCUGCAGAGGGCGCAGGAGAAGGAGGAGAGGCGGAGACAGGAGGAGAUGAUGAGGAUUCAGAAGAUUCAGGAGCAAGAGGAGGCCGAGAGGGCGCUCGCUGAGCAGAAGAGGAAGGAGCAAGAGGCAGAGAGGAAGCGGCUCAUGGAGGCCAGGAAUCAGCAGAUGGCUGCGCUGGAGGCACUCAAGCUGAAGGCACACAUGAUGGCCAAGGCUAAGCAGAGGGUCGAGCAGAAGAUGCAGGAGCCACAGGCUUACGUUUUGGACAGCGAUCCUGAUGAUGACGAGAGCGAUGAUGAGAGCAGGCCCAAACAUCCUAUCCCUCACUGGGCCAGGGCCGAUGUCAGGAGGGCACAGCUCGAGAUGCAGCAGUUUAUGCCUGUGGAUGUUGUCCUUAAGUUCUUCGGGGCGAAAAAGUGUACGCCUGAUUUGAGUGAACUCUUUGUGGGGAUCAGGAACGAGAGACUCAAGAGAACUUCUAGUGCUAAUUGGAAGGCGGCACCGAGAUUCUCCAUGAUGGAGGCGAUUGAGGAUUGACGAGGGCGAGGGGCAGUUAGAUGAUGGGGAGGGGAAAAUGAAAUUUGUUGAAGAUGGUUACACGUAUGGGGGGAUUGCGAUGGUGAGGUUGAACAGAAUUUCUAGUGGUAUGUCAAAGAGUUAUUUAAAAAUUCCAAUUUAUUGCACUGAAACCUUCAAAAAUGGUGAAUUGAAGCGCGGAAAUUGUAAGCUUUAUGUGGGAGCUUUCUUUUUAGGAAGAUCACCUCAAGAAAAACAGUCACAAAAAUUUGAAAUGCAACUGGAGUUGGAAUUUGUAAAAUUCAGCAGCAUAUCACGUCUCGAUCUUUCACAGCAGAUGCUUUUAUUAGGGAAGAGAUCAAUUUGACUGUAAUUGUUUUUAGUCGAUGGAUUCCUUAACUCGUAGUCGAAAAUUGUAAUUGUGUUUUUGGGACUGAUACAGGACCCAGAGCUGGUGAGGAGCAGUUAUUUUAUGAUAGUUGUAAGGUUUCAUUCUCCUGUAUUAUCAUAUAUUUAAUUUAGAUGUUGCCGUAUAAUAAAGGAUUUUUUUUAUGUA